AGUUAACUUCGGAGAAAGAAAAAGAAAAAUUGAGAAAAACAAAACGGUUUUUAAAAAGCUCUAUUUUGUUCGAUACUAAUUUAUUUGUUCGCUUUUAUUUCAUUUCGUUUUUUUUUUUUCAAAAUUAUUUUUCACAUUUAAUUAAUAAAAGAAAUAUAUUUCCAAAAAGAAAAUUUUAAUAAAUAAAUUUUUAUAUUAACAAUUAAAAUUUAAAUUAAAAAAAAAUAUUCUCAUCUUGUUACUUCGAGACUCGAAUACUAUACCAUAUAAUUAAUUAUAGAAAAGGAUAUACUGGAAUUAAUUUAAAUAAUAAUUUGCAAAAAAUAAUACAAAUAAAAAGAAGAAGAAGAAGAAGAAGAAGAAGGAAAUAAAAUAAAAAAAUUAACAAUAAUUUUUGGAUAAUAUUAAAAUUCUGAUGUGAUAUUUUUGGUGCUAUUUAUUAAAAAUUGAAAAAAAAAAUUGAAAAGAAAGGAAGUAUAUUUAAAAAUUUUUGUAUGAACAAAUAACAAUUUGGAUAAAAUAUUCAACAUAUGAAAAAUUAAGAGAGUGGAUACUUCGAAAUAAUUUCUGUGUGCUAUAAUUUAUAUAUUUUUUUAAUCAGUAAUUAAAUUUUUAAAUUAAAAAUAUUUAAUAAAACAUAAACACAAUUAAAAGUAAAUAAGAAAAAGAAAUCUUUUUUAAAAAAUUAAUAAUAUUUAAUAAAAUAAUUAUUUAAAAUUAUUUGGAAAAUUUAAUUAUAAUUAAAUUUGAAAAAUUUUCAAAUUACAUAAGUCUCACCAAAUUAUUCAACAAUUGUUACAACAACAACAACAACAACAGUAACAGUAACAACGAUAAUGGAUUUAUUAAAAUAUUGAACUUUAUUUUUGGUUAUUAACGUUUUAAGAAACACGAAAAAAUAAAGAGCAAACAUUCGGUAACAAAGUUACUCACCUCAAAAAUUUUGUAAAAUAAAAAAAAAAUUAUACAUACAUAUAAAUAUAUAUUUAUAUAAUUUUUUUUUUUUGAAGAAAUUAAAAAAGAAAGACUGUAUAUACCUUGUAUAUAUAUAUAUAUAUAUAGAUAAAUAGAUUUACGUGUAUAUAUAGAGAUAGUUAUUUUAUGUAUGAUUUAUUUCGCAACAGACCAUAAAAACCAUUAAAUGUGAAAGUAAAAAUUUUUCAUAUUACAUACUUAUAAACGAAUAAAAGUUAAAAGAAAAGAAACCGAACAAAAAAGAAGAAGAAAAAAAAAACGUGGAAUAAUUUUUCUUAAUGCUAUUGAAGCGAGUGAACUUCUUAUAAUCAAAAAAAAAAAACAAACAACAAAAAAAAGAAAAAAAAAAGUAACAAAAUUUUUUAAUUUUUUAUUUUCGUGUAUAACAAUCAAUAAUUUAAGUGAACAAUUUUUUUUUGUACUCCAAAAAUUAUUUUAAUUUUUUCAACUAUUCGAACUAUAAUACAAGUACAUAUACAUAUACAUACAUAUAUAAUCUAUAAAAUCAUAUAAUAAUCCAUUUAUCUUUUUUGGAAAGCAAUAACAGCAGUAAUAUAUUUAAAAUGGAAAAUCAGAUUAAAAUGGAUUUAAAAAAUAAAACAUGUUCGAUUGUAAAUGUAAAUGAAGUUAAUAACUCUGAGACUGACAUUAUCGCUAAUGAAAAUCAAGAAAACUCACAACAGCAAAAACAACAGCAACAAGAAAAUCAAUUUGUUCAUUACGAAACUAAUCAAGAAUUACCACCCUUACAAUCAAUAGAUAAAAAUUUAUUUAUUGAUAAUUCAAUUAUGUUGAAUGAUGAUUUGAAUGCAAACAAUAAUCAAAUCAAUAGAGAUUAUUUAGAAUUUACAAAAUCUUCAUUAAAUAAUCAAAAAUUGCAAUCUGAAUGUAUUUUACAACAACAAACUGAUAGUGAUAAUAUUGAAGAUAAAAUUAAUUUAAUUCCAUUAUCAUCAUCGAUCGAUUUAAAUAAAUCAAUAAAAUCAUCAGCAUCAACAUCAUCAUCAUCAUCAUCAUCAGUAUUAAUAUUAAAUACUGAAAAUAAUCAAUUAAUUGAACAAGUACAAAAUUAUAAUAAUGAUAAACCGACAACGUCAGUAAUUGAAAUAACAUCAACAACACCAGCCAUAAUACCAGUAACAAUAGAAGACAAAACUACAAAUAAUGCUAUUAUUGAAAUAACUAAAGAAAGUGAAAGUUUAAAACAACAACAACAACAGCAAAAUUAUAACAACGAUAAUAGCAUAAACGCUCUGAGAAAUGAAAAUGUUAAUAAAAUGUAUGAAAUGAAAGAAAAAACAGAAGAAAAUAAUAAAAAAAUUAAUUGUGAUAAUAUAAAAAAUUUUGAACUACAACAACAACAACAAUCACCAGAGCAACAUAAUAAUGAAUUAUUGCCAACAACAACAGCAACAAUUGCAAUGGAAGCGGCAAAAGCAGCAGCAACAGCAGCAGAAAAACUUGAAAAUUUAAUAUCAGCUGUUUGUAGUAAUAAUGAAAAUAAUGAAAGUAAGAGUGAAUGUUAUAAUAGUAAUAAACAAGUUUUAAGUGAUAAUGAUGAUCAAGGUAUUGAUAUUGAUGUUAUAACAAUUUCUUCAACAGAUGAAAAUGUAAUGGAUAAUUUAAAAGAUGUUGAAUUUGAGAAAUUUCAAGAAGAAUUAUUAAAAAAUUUUAAUAAGAAAAUAUCUCAACAAAAACAAAAAGAGCAAUUAGAAAAGGAACUUAAUGAAUCAUUAGAAAAACGUGAACAACAGUUAUUAACUGAAAACUCAUUAAAAAAUUCAUUAAAUUUACAAAGAACUCAUUCCAAAACUGAAAGUGUUUUAGAAUAUUUGAAUUCUGUUGAACCAACAGUAACAGAAAUACAAGAGAAAUUAAUUGAAUUUGAUGGUAGUAAUACUGCUCAAUCAUCAGAUAAUGGUUCAUCUUUAUGUUCAACAAAUGUAUUAAAUGAUUCUGAAUCAGAAGAAGAUGAUCAAUUAAAACCAUUGAUGCAAGAUAAUCAUACAAUUGUUGUUAAUCAUGAAUUCUUUGUUUACAAUAAUAGUAAUGAUAAAUAUCAACAAAAUCCAAGCUAUAAUGAUAUAUUAUUAAAUAAAAGAUUAAUCAGUAAUAAUAAUAAUAGUAACACUUGUAGUUCAACUGAUAGUGAUUUAUCAACCCAAUUUGAUCAUCGUGAUUUAACAACAAUGUCACAAAAUUCAUUAGAAGAUUAUAAUGAUUCUGGUUUAGAUACUCUAUCACAACCAUUCAUUAAUAAAUCAUCUACAAAAGAGAUUCAUUUAAAACAAUUUGAACCAAUACCACCAGCUCCAGCGACUACUCCUGUUACUGGUGUUCCAAUAAUGGCUAAUAAUGUACCAUAUAAUCCAAUGCAACAAGAAUCAGAAGAAAAUGAAAUUCGUGAAAUUGAUACAUUGUCACCAAUUGAAAUUCCAGAUGAUAAAUUAUGUGAAGACAUUGUCGAACAAGUUGAAUAUUAUUUCUCAAAUGAUAGCAUUCUAAAAGAUGCAUUCUUAUUAAAACAUGUACGUCGUAAUAAAGAAGGAUUUGUUAGCUUAAAGUUGGUAUCAAGUUUCAAACGGGUACGUCAAUUUACAAAAGAUUGGCGUGUUGUCGGUAUUGCAAUUGAACGUAAAAGUAAAAAAAUUGAAUUAAAUUCUCUUGGUACAAAAAUUCGUCGAUUGGAUCCAUUACCAAAUUUUGAUGAAACAAUGCCAUCAAGAACAAUUGUUGUAUGUGAUUUACCAUUUGAAAAAUUAUCAAUUGAUAAGAUAACUGAUAUUUUUUCGAAAUGUGGUGAAAUCGCUUUAGUAAGAAUAUUAAAACCUGGUAUGCAAAUACCAGUUGAUGUACGUCAGUUUAUGAAUAAAUAUCCGGAAAUGCAACAAAAAGAGUGUGCUUUAGUUGAAUUUAUUGAUUCAGCAUCAGCACGUUUUGCUAAAACAAUGCAAGGUAAUUAUAAAAUUUUCGAAAUGGUUGCACCUAAAAAGAAAACUGGUAAAAAAUCAAUUACCACAAUUACGAAAUUUAUUGAGAAUUACAAAUAUCCAGAUGCAAAUUAUGAGCGUACACGUGGCGGUAUUGAAAAUGGCCACCAUUAUCAUCAAAGUUAUAAUAGUAGUCACGGGCAAAAUAUUAAUUACAAUAGUAACAAUCAACAAGGUCACAACAAUCAUUAUAAUUUAAAUCACAAUCAAAUAUUACAAAGCAAUAAUAAUAGUAAUUUUGAAAAUGAAUAUCGCCCGAAAUUACGAUCUAAUUAUGAUGUUCGAAAUUCACAACAACAACCACAACAAAAUCAAGAAUCACAUUUACAAAAUCAUAUAUAUCAACCACCAUAUAUACCACAGAGAAGAUUUUCAGUGAAUGAUCAAGAAAAUAAUCGAGAACAUAUUCAAAAUAUGAAUAAUAUGAAUAAUCAAAUUAAUACAAGCAAUUUCGUUGGUAAUAACAACAAUAAUAACUUACAUUUUAGUCAUUAUUCACCACGUCGUUUAAGUAAUUGUUCAGUUAAUGAAUUACAAUCACGUAAAUAUUCAUCUUGUUCUGAAGGUUAUUCCAGUUGUUCAGAUUAUUCGAGACGUGCAUCUUUAACAUCAUCUUCUCAAGAUUCAUCAUCAAGAAAAACAUCAGCCAGUUGCUCUGAUUAUUGUCCAUGUUCUAGACGUACAUCACAAUGUUCAGAUAUUUAUCGUAAAAUAUCACAACAAUCUGACAUUGUUAGCUCAUCACCAAAUCGUCGUUUUUCAAAUGGUUCAUUUCAUGGUUUUGAACGACAAUAUAGUAAUACAAAUGAUCCAAUACUUUUAUCAAAUAGCCAUAAUAAUAAUAUGAAUAGUAAUAAUACAAUGAGACGUGUUUCAUUUGAUUCCAAUUAUGAUCGUAAAAUAUCUUCAUCAUCGAUCAAUAGUAAUAAUAAUAAUAAUAAUAUAAAUAAUUAUAAUAAUACAUUAAAUAAUAAUAAUAACAAUAAUAUUAAUAAUCAACAACAACAGCAACAACAAAAUGGCCAAUAUAUUUGUGAUAAUCAUUAUCGAAAAUAUUCAAAUGGUUUUGAUCCAAAUCGUAAAUUAUCUUAUACCGAUCAGUAUUUUAAUGGACGUCGUAUUUCAACUGAUUCUGGUUAUGAUCGUAAAUUAUCAUUUAGUUCUGAUAUUAGUUCAACAAGUACAUCACCAAGAUCAAGAGCAAAUAGUUUUAUAUUACCAAGUCAACAUAAAACUGCUGCUGAAAUACUUGUAAGAACACCAAUUGGUCCAGAUGGUAGUAAAGGAUUUGCAUCAAGAGCUAGAAAAGUUGGACAAAUACAGUCUGUUAAUUAAUUAAAUAAAUUAAAAAAAAAACAAAAGUAUAAAUAUUAAUGAUCAUUUGAAUGAAAUUCAUUUAAUGUAUAUAUAUAUAUGUAUAAUAUAAAGUACUUAUAUACAAUAUAGAUUUAUAUAUAUAUAGAAUAUUUAUUAUAUAAUUAUAAAUAAUUUCUAUAUUAUGAUAUUGUUUUUUUUUUCUUUUGCUCAGUUUGAAAUUUUCAUAUACAUAAAAUUAUAUUUAUUCAAUAAAGAUAUUCUUAAUUAAUUGUCGUUAUUUAUU